UGCAAAGCUGUACACCGCGACCUUUUUAGGCCUACACUCUCAUCUUCGACAAGGUAUUAUACUAUCCUUAUUCGUCUGCACAUUUACGAUUACCUUGAAUCAAUCGGCUACGUAUAAUUGUAUAACGAGUAUUAUGGAGGAAGGUUGUCGUGUUCCAGCCAUUGCAGUACACGGUGGUGCGUGGGCCAUACCUGAUGACCUGAAGGCGGAUAGUUGCAGAGGAGUGGAGAGAGCUGUCCGGGUAGGCUAUAAGGUCCUUGAGGAUGGAGGGACAGCAGUAGAUGCAGUAGAAGCAGCUGUCAGUGCUCUAGAAGAUGAUCCUGUAUUUGACGCGGGAACUGGCUCUGUUCUGAACUAUGAUGGCGAUGUUGAAAUGGAUGCUAUCAUUAUGGAAGGGAAAGAGUUAAGAUGUGGAGCCGUUGCUUGCGUCAAUAACAUCAAGAACCCCAUCUCAUUGGCUAGGAAGGUCAUGGAAGAGACGGACCAUGCACUUCUUGUUGGACAUGGAGCUAAUAGGUUUGCUAGUGAGAUGGGGAUCGAGAAAGUACCUACCUCAGACUUGGUUACAGAGGAUGCGAGGAGAACAUGGGAGGAGUGUCGCAAGUUCAAGAAGACCGUAGAUGUUUUCUUUUCCAGUAGACCGGAAGCUGGACACGAGACAGUGGGUUCUGUGGCCAGUGAUAAGUGGGGCAAUGUCGCGUGUGCCACAUCGACUGGGGGCAUCUCGGCAAAGAUGGUCGGGAGGGUCGGUGAUAGCCCUAUUAUAGGAAGUGGCGCCUACUGUGAUAAUGCAUACGGAGCAGUAUCAACUACAGGCCAUGGAGAAAACAUCAUGAAAGUGACACUUUCUAAGACCAUCAUCAGCUAUAUGGAACAUUUAGGUUUAUCCGCCCAAGAGGCAGCUGAUAAAGCCAUUGGAUUCAUGGCUAAGAGAGUAGGAGGUGUUGGAGGUGCUAUAGUACUCAGUUCAUCUGGUCAACUCGCUAAGAGCUUCAACUCAGAACGUAUGGCAUGGGCCUUCGCUUCCAACAACUCUGUUAGAUAUGGCAUUGAUCCCGAAGAUGAUAUCGAUGCAGGGUCAGCUAGCACAGGGGGUGUUUGAUAAAAAUCCCAAGUUAAAAAAAAAAAAAAAAAAAGACAUAUUUUUCUAAAAAGAAAAUCCCUACAUUUCAUUUUGAAGCGUUCAUUCGGAACGUCUGUAACCCAAAGGUUCAUGUAGAUUUAGUACUAACUUUUGCAUAUGCAUAUCUGCUGUUUCGUAGUCGAGUGGUUUAAACAUCCAUGUAAAGGUCGUAGGUUCUUAGUAGGUCCAUGCUAUAACCCCGACGCGGCACUUAUAGAUUUGAUCAAUGCAUUUUAUCUACAUUGCUCCUCUUCACCCAUGUGUCAAAUGGAUACCUGGUAGGAUACCAAUCUCACUGUGACUGGCGACUGGCUCGAAUGCUACUAGGAGAAGUGGAGAAUGUUCACCGUAAAAUGCAGAAUCGCAAGCGAAUCCAGUGACCGGUAGAGCGCUUUAUAAGAAACAGUCAUAAUUUUUGUUCGUGUGCUUGUAAUUUUAUGUAGUCCGCAUUGUCUUAUCAUGACAAGAUUUCAUACUUACCUCAUAUGACGUAAAAUGUGGCCUGUACAGUUUGGGUCACAACUGGACUCGAAGGCUGUGAUAUUCAUAAUUUAGUCAUCCGAUGAUUAAAUCUAGAGGCUAUUACAUCAAAAUAUCUACUUUAAGAUCUUAACGACUUUCAUGAGUAUCUUAUCAAAGUAUAUCAAAGUUAAUAUCUAUCAAUAUAUCUAACAACACUUUGUUUGAAAGAAAGUCUCUGAUUUACACGAAAAUGUAAAAUGGUAGAAUCAACCAACUUUAAAUCAUUUAUUAGAAUACUGCCCUCUAAAGGACAAAACAAUUAUGUCUUUGUAAACGGAGCAUCACUCGAUCGCAUCGAAUUGAACAUAAAUCAUGAGUGGGGAUAUCCUGGAACAUUUAUGAUAGUAGUGACCAGAUUAAAUUGAUUUGGUUUAUUUAGUCAAAAGGCUUAAUGUAUCCUUUACUCAGGUUGUGGUUAUCUCAGGGGAAACACUAUAAAGGUCCAAGUAAUACCAUGAUUACCAUUACAGGCCUAUUAGAAAUUAUUUCAAUAUUUUGCAGUGUAUCAGACUUGAAAUUAUAGCCCAUAUAAAUAUAUAUAUAUAUAUAUAUAUACAAAUUAUAAUAUAAUUUGAUAUAAUUCAAUCUGAAGGAGUGCUUGUGGAACGAAACGACGAUACUCAAUCAGAAAGACUGUCAGUAUUACUGCCCUUGGCAGAUUACAGCCGAGUCUGUAAACGUGUUUACAUAAAUUUGUCACUUUUAUUGUAAAUAUUAAAAUGGGUGCUUUUUUGACUUGUAUUUUUGGAUGUAACGCCAUUGAUAUUAUGUUUUUAUUGUGUUUUAUAAUCUGUAUAAUUUUGUAUAUUUUUUGUAACACAUCUGUACCAGUGAACGAAUUUCCAUUUUAUAUGGACAAUAAAUCAUUUAAAUUCAAUUCAAUUAAAUUUAACACACAUGAAACCUUUUGACCUUGAUCGAAUAUGUCACGUCACAUAUUAUAUAGAAUUAUUUGCUUUGUGAAUGUAUUAUAUUGUGUGAGCAAAAUAUCGGUGUACCUCAUGUAUCAUAUCCGGUCAUGCGAGAAAAUGUUUCUUUCUUCUGACAUUUAUUUUAAUUUCUUUGUUUGCUUGUUGUUGUUCUUUCUUCCUUUGGCUAGCUCUGUCUCGGCAUGCUCAUCAAUCAAGAAGCUUGUGAACAUGAGGCAAAUACUUGUAACAAUGAUGUAACUUAUAAAAUAUUGAAGAGUGUGAUGUAUUGUACUUAUAAAAUAAGCAACCUUGGUUAAGACGAAUAAAGUAUCAACCAUCGAUUUUAAACACAACAAUAUAUUUUAUCAUUGACAUGGAAUGAGACUUGGAUAUGUUGUAUAUGUAACAUUAUCUUACAACAUUCCGUAAUUACACAUUCACAUUGUUUAAUUUCUACUUUUCUUCUCGUACGUAUUUUCAUUUAUUAAAUUCUUCCUAUCAUGAAUAUGAAAAACUGUAAGAACUAUUGAUUUAUGUGUAAACUUGGGAUAUCCCAUCUCAGUAUUGAUUUUAUAUCUGAUUAUCAGUAGAAGAUAUAGAUACAGCACUUGAUUUUUGUUAGUUUCGCCGUUAUUCUAACCAGGGACAUAAUUGUUUGAUUUAGAUUAUAAAAUGAAAAUAUUGCUUGA